AUGACCUUUGGAUGUUUGAUUUAUCGAAAAGACAUUGGAUUAGACCAUUGGCAACAGGAACGUAUCCUGUACCAAAAGCAUACACAUCAAUGUGACUGUUGGGUAUUAACUAUGAAAGGACCUACUUGGACAUGGAAAGAAAUUGCUGUAAGAAAUAAAGAGUGGGCUGCAGCUAACAUAUGGUGUAAUCCAGCAUGUAGAGUUGGUGAUAAGGUUGUAAGCCUUAGCAGAAGUAGACAUGGUUGGAAUGGUGCAAAACCUUUGGUUACUUCUGCUGUACGACUAUCAGCUCUAAGUAGGCCUGAGAAUGCUCCUGUGUCUGUAAGGAUAGAGCAGAGUCUGCAGAGACCUUUAGACAGAGAUCAAAAUAUAAAUGGUAGACGUGGAGUGCUACCUAGGCAGCCUAUCACUAGGCAAGCAUCUAGUAAUUUGAACAAUGAGCCUAUUGCAGGACCAAGUAAUAUGCAAGAAAGAGAAAAAAGUGUUGUGGUUUCAAAGGAAAAUCCUGGUCAAGAUUUUAAUCUUGAAGCAGGUGCAAAUUCCGAUUUACAGCAAAGUAACAAUGCUGUUGAUUUUAAUAAAAAAGACUUAAGUACUAGAAAAAAUAAAAUUAAGAAUAAAGGAAUGAAAAUAGUGAGACAACUACAGGAAGCUAAUAAAUAUCGAAUGGCUGCAUUUGCAUGUGAUUCAUCUGUUAACAAUACAUCUAAUGAAAAUGAUCUCAUCAAUCAAAGACAAAUUGCACAUUUAGAAAACAGAAUAGAACCUCAACCCCUAGCAGCAGACAACCAGAAUAGACAACCUGCAGUUAAAAAAGAAAUGGAGAACUUA